CAACAACAACAUCAGCAGCAGCAACAACAACAUCAGCAGCAGCAGCGUCCAUCGUCAACGGAAAUGAAGCCGGCAGUCAAAUCAGCAAUGGCGAGAUGGCAGCUGCAACAGCAACAGCGGCAACAACCACAACGGAAGCUGCAGAUGCAGCCACCGAAACAACAGUAACAGCAACAACAACAACCAUGCCAGAAAGUGAGGCAACAACGGAUGCAGCAGCCACAACGACGGAUAAGUUAAUGACGACAAACGUGCCGCCACUUGCAUCGCUGGGCAGCGUUUUUGACAGACUCUAUCGGAUCAAGCUGAGCCAGCCAGAGUCAGAGCCAGAGCCAGAACCGGAGCCGGAGCCGGAUAACUCUGAACCGGACUCCGAUUCGGAGUCGGAUAUUGAACACGAUGCUGAUACUUUAGCAGCGCGCUUGCAAAUGCAAAUGCAGGCAGCGGAAUCAUAUCAGGUGGCCGAAACGCUAGCCGAUCUUAAUGAGGAUGAACGGAAGCGCUAUGGUGUCCUCUUGGCCCAACAGCCGGUGGCAAGUAAGCUCAACAUUGUCGACUUGUAUCCGCUGCAACUGCAAGACUUUCAGCCCAUAUUGCGUGGCAAUACCAAUAAUGAUGAGCAGCAGCAGCAGCAGCACACGGUUUUCACACGGCCCGAUAAUGCCGAGGAGUAUCGACAGAAUCUAAUGCCCAAUGAGGUGGAAAUGCAAGCAGUUGUCAAUCAGCUAACAACAAGGAAUCCAACUGCAAUCCCAGUAGCAACAGCAGCAACAGCAGCAUCAGCAACAGCAACAACAACAGCAGCCCCAUUGCUAACUACUACGUCAAGCUAUUUUACCGGCAAAUUGCUGGCUGAGCAGGAUGACUUAAUAACGGAAAUCGAGCGUAAGUUUCAAUUGAAAGAAACCACAACCACAGCAGCAGCAGCAGCAGCACCUACGGAUGCAUUGCCCAAAUUGGCACCUGGCGAUAGCUUCAUUGAUCGGCGUGUAAAGAAGAGCUUCGAGUUCCCAAUGCAGCAUCGGGCUAGCGAUGUUAUGGCGCUGCCACACAUUGACUUUGCCAACACCAAGUUUAAUACGGAUGCAAAUGAUAGCCCCAAUGCCAGGAUAUCCUCGAUAGCAGCAUCCGCUUCAGCCGCUGUUGCGUCACAUCCGGAAUUCUCCACGACCAAGUUCUACAACAGCAAAGAGUUGUACAACGAAAUGUUGUCGAUAAAUAAUAAACGCAAGUUAAUGAAAGAAAUUCCUACAACGUCAGAGGCAACUGCAGGCAGCAGCACCACCACAAGCAGCACCAGCACCACCCCCAGCACCAGCACCAGCAGCAGCAGCAUCAGCAGCAUUAUAAAGUCAUUAAGGACCACAGCGACGAGCGAAGGGUUGCGGCAAAGUUCGGAGCAACUGCGUCAACGUGAACUCAUUAGAGCAAGCGAAACCACAAAGUUGGAUGGGAGCAGCAGCUCGACAACACCAAUGCCAACGCGACGCGUGACUUUGACGUCCACAGUGGAAAGUUUUGACAGCGCAACAACAGCAAGUACUUUGACUGGCAGUACAGUGAAGCCAAGAAAAUACGAGAAGGAGCUUAAGCGAGCUAAAUUAUUGCUCAAAGCUCUAACGCCACCCGUUGUCGAUAAACAGCAACAGCAGCAACAACAACAGCAACAGCAGCAGCAGCAACAACAGCAACAGCAGCAGUUUGAGAAACUUGAAGUGGUGGCAGCCAAAGUCAAAAUAACAGCGACUGCCCCAACGAACAUGGAAAGAGCUCAUCAGGCCGCUAAUCUUACUAAAUCGGCUUCAAAGCCAAUUGGGCGGCCGCGUAUUUUAAGUCGCCUGCAGGAGAAAAUCAAUUCGCUUGAAUGUGACAUUCAAAAUGUGCCCCAGGACUCGCAUCUGUGGCGUGGCAACGAAACGCACGAGCUCCUUCUGCCCAUUGUGUCCACCAAACAUUGCAAACCCGGCGAGCAGUGUGCUCCCAACUUUCUCACGUGGGAUGGCGAGGCCGAAAUCCAAUCCGGUGAUAUUUUGAUUGUCGAAAUCAAUGAUGCGAUGCUGUACACGGCCAAAAAGGAGAACAGCACCAACAGCCAAAGCGCCGCCCAUGCCGCCCAGGUCUACCAAGUGACGCGUUCGGGACACGAACAUUGCGAUGUUACCGAAGGUGUGCUCCUGGACAUAACGCCGCUGGUGGUAGAUGGAAGGAAACUGGUUACACUGUAUGAUAAGGACCUCACAGAGGGAGUCAACUUGUUAAUUGUGGUGUCCGAGCUGUGGGGAGCACAAUGUGUACGCCUAAAGGUGACCACAAAAACCGACAAUUGUGGCGAGAACGCCGACUGCUCCGGCAAGGGUAUAUGCUAUUCGAACGGCAUCAUGGAGGAGUAUGAGUGUCAGUGCUGCAGCGGUUUUGCGGGUCCCCAUUGCGAGGAGAUCGAUGCCUGCAACCCCAGUCCCUGUACCAACAAUGGCAUUUGUGUGGACCUCUCGCAAGGACACGAGGGCAACUCGUAUCAGUGCUUGUGUCCAUAUGGCUAUGCGGGCAAAAAUUGUCAAUAUGAAUCGGAUCCAUGCAAUCCGGCCGAGUGUAUGAAUGGUGGCAGCUGCGUGGGCAACUCAACACAUUUUCGGUGCGAUUGUACACCGGGAUAUACGGGUCCAGUCUGCCAGCACAGCCUGAACGAAUGCGAAUCCUCGCCCUGUGUCCAUGGCAUUUGUGUGGACCAAGAAGAUGGUUUUCGCUGCUUCUGUCAGCCAGGCUUUGCCGGCGAACUGUGCAACUUCGAGUAUAAUGAAUGUGAGUCGAAUCCGUGUCAAAAUAGCGGCGAAUGUAUCGAUCACAUUGGGAGCUAUGAGUGCCGCUGCACCAAAGGCUAUUUGGGCAACCGUUGCCAAAUGAAGGUUGAUUUCUGCGCCAAUAAGCCGUGCCCCGAAGGACAUCGCUGUAUUGAUCAUGGAAAUGACUUUAGCUGCGAAUGCCCAGAAGGUCGCAACGGACCGGAUUGUAAUCAAAUGCCACGAACGUACUUUCAGCAGUGUAGCGUGAAUCCGUGCACUCAUGGCGGCACCUGCUGGUCGAGUGGGGAUAGCUUCUACUGUGCCUGUCGUCCCGGAUAUACGGGCACAAUGUGCGAAGAUGAGUUUGUGGUUGAGACUGUCGUGAGCUCCAGUGAAUUUAUUGUCGACGAUGUGAACGCCAGAAAUUUUAAUGACAAAACUUUCGGUUCAUCGGCUGUGCUUAAGAGUCCCAUUGAAUUGCAUAAUGCAUAUUUUGCGGCUGGUGUUCUGGCGGCCGCAAUUUUCAUUGUUGCCGUUGUGGUCACUAUUUGUCAUUGCAACGUGAAUCAGACAUACCGCAAGUUCUCGACGCGUUCCAGUUCAUUUAUACCCAUUUUGGGUUUCAGUCGGCGACCCAAGUUGCAAGGUGCACUCAAUAAACAUUGGCUAAGUGGCAAGGGUCUCAAUGCGCCCACUGCAGCAACUUCACAGCGUGACGCAACCUCUGCGGCAGCAACAGCAGCAGCAGGCAGCCAUCCACAAUCGGUGCAGUCGACGCGUCAUUUGCCAUCCAAGCCAAAUGGCAGCAGCUCCCAGACCCAGACAACGCUCGGUGGACAGCUGCAGGAGCGACCAUUUCAGCGACACUUGGCCAUGAAUUUCGAGAAUGAUAUGUACUAUACGGUGGACUUUGCUGAGAACUCGCAAAACUCGCCACUAAUACAGUGAGAGUCGGCUGUCGACGGAGCCACGGUUGCAGUUGCGACUAACGAUGAUGGCUGGUUAGUUAAAUUUACAAAGGAGCGCCUUUCACAGCAGUAGUGCAACUCUAUUACUACUAAUAGGUGCUCAUUCAUUUCGUAUCAUAAUAAUAAUAAUAAUAAUAAUAAUAAUAAUAAAUCUUGCAGUAAUUCAAAGAUUGUCGAGCAAAAACAGUAUUGUUAUUAUUAACUAAAACACACAUAUUUAAAGUGGUCAGCAAAUGAACUUUAUGAUUACUCUAAAUGCAUAUUUAUGGCGAGUAUAGCAUAAUUAAUAGGCUUAACAUCUUGUGUACUUACUUUACUUGAGUCAAUCAAACACACACACACACACACCACAACGUAAAUAUCAAGUAUACGUUGCUUGUGCAACUGAGGUUACACAACACGGAUAAUGCUUCAAAAUUAUGUAAAUGCGUGUAGUGAGCUGAAUAUUAUGUAAUUGCAAUUGCAACGUAUGCUAUUGGAUCAUUUGCAUUAUUCAAUUUAAUGGUGUAAUGCGAACGAAGUGCAAUUUAUUUCAGGAGCGACAGACUUUUAUCUAGUUGGUAACAUUUUACACAUGUUGUUGCUUGCUUUAAUGAAACCGCAAACAAAAAAUAC